ACUUCCGGGUUAUUUGGCCUGUGGACUCUAGUGCGCAGACUCCAGCUUCUCAUCACUUUAGGGGACUCAGCCGGAUCCUCGUUCGUGUACUUUCUUCGGUUCUGGUUCUGUUCUGGGAGCGUUAAUAGAGCUUUUAGGGAGCAACAGCCCCAGUCGGUGAACCCUGGAGGGAUUCAGGCCGGUUAAAGCUGAGCUGCAGCUGCUGGGUCACAGUCGAACCGCCAGAGAUGUGGGGACAGCAGGUCCAACAGGGACGGGAUGCUGCAGAAGAAGACAUGGACGCCGCUUUCAGCCUCCUGGUCCAGCCGCACAGAUCAGGUGUUCAGGAGAGGCUGGUGCUUAAAGAAGAAGCUAAAGAAGAGCAGAGUUCUGGUGGAGACCAGCAGGAUGCACAGCGUCUUCACAUCAAGGAGGAAGAGAAGAAAAUCUGGAGCAGUAUGGAGGAUGAAGAGCUCAGUGUGAAGGAGGAGACAGAUCCGUGUCUGCUUCCACUGAAUGUUGUUGUUGUGAAAAGUGAGCAUGAAGAUAAACCUCUGUUCUCACAGCUUCAUCAGCCAGAAGUUGGAGAUCUUCCAACCAGCAGCUCAGCUGACCAGAUGAAAGCAGAAAGUGAUGAAGAGGACGGUGGAGGAGCAGAGUCCAGCAGGAACCCAGACCUACACACUGACAGAGACACUUCCAGCUCUUCAGAGACAGAGGUCAGUGGGGACGAAGAGGAGGAUGAAGAUGAUGAUGUGAACCAUCCUGGUUCUCAUCUGAAACACCCACCAGACUCCGGCUCUGAAACUGAGGACAGUGAGAACGACUGGAAGGAAACUAGAGCUGCAGAGUCAGGAGGAAACGGCGCCAACAAGCCGCUGAGCUGCUCCAAGUGCAGCCAACAGUUUGGUAACAAGUCCUCACUUCAGAGACACAUAACCUGCCCUUCAAAAGCAAAACCUGCAGGCUGUUUGGUUGGCAAGAAAAUUGUUAGAGAGGAAAAAGCUGUUGAGUUGCUGAGGAACAUCCAGACAGGGGUUAAAUGUUUCACCUGUGACCACUGUGGUAAAAGUUUUAACUGGAAAAACAACAUAAAUGUUCACAUGAGAAUCCACUCUGGAGAGAAACCGUUUGGUUGUGACGUCUGUGGCAGAAAAUUCAGCCAGAAGUCCCAUUUAAACAUUCACACCAGGAUUCACACAGGAGAGAAACCGUUCAGUUGUGAUGUGUGUGAACAAAGAUUCAGUGAUAAGUCCCAUUUAAACAAACACAUGAGGAUCCACACGGGGGACAAACCUUUAGGUUGUGACAUUUGUGGACAACGCUUUAGUGACAAGACGAGUUUAAACAGACACAUGAGAAUCCACACAGGAGACAAACCGUUUGGUUGUGAUUCCUGUGGACAAAGAUUCAGCGAUAAGUCAACCUUAAAGAAACACAUCAGGAUCCACACAGGAGAGAAGCCAUUUGGUUGUUAUGCCUGUGGGAAAAAAUUCAGUCUAAAGGGAAGUUUAAAAACACACAUGAGAAUCCACACAGGAGAAAAACCUUUUGGUUGUGAUGUCUGUGGUCAGAGAUUUCGCCAGUUGUCUAAUUUAAAUGCGCACACCAGGAUCCACACUGGAGAGAAACCAUUUGGCUGUUCUGUUUGUGGAGAAACAUUUACCCAGACAUCCCAUUUUAACCGACAUAUGAGAAUUCACACAGGAGGGGAAUAAUCAGGCAGUAAAAGAGUUCCUACCUAAAGGACUGUAAUGUCUUUAAUUUUCUAUGAACCAUGAAUGUUCAUAGAAAAUGAAGUGUUUAAAAUGUACCUUACUGUUGUGAUAAGCUCUUUGUUUCAAUUAGUUUAAGUUGUUAUUAAAGCAUUCAUGAUUAACUGGAGCAAUACAUUUUAUUUGAGAAACAUUUAUUUCAGAUGUUAAAAAUAAAUUAAAAUACAAAACAGGCUUAGUUUUUAUAAAUUUAAAUAUGGCUAAAUUAAAUUUAUAUUUAAAUGAUGGCUCACACUAGGAUCAAAACAUUUUCUCAGAUACUAAAGUGAUAUUACAAAGAUUAAAAAAUGCUUCAUUGUAACUUUAGACAUCCAUUCAUUAUCCUCCAGUGAUUUUUGCUUUAGCUCCUGCUAAUAGUGUUAGCUCUAGCAAUUUGUGUUAUAUUAAAUAUUAAAAUUUUGCUCCAUAAAAUGGAUUAAAUAAUAAAAGCCUGCUAAGUCGAUUGUA